GCCCUCUCUCCUCCGUCAGAGAGGCUGAAAGCUCCACCGGACACGCCGUCUUGUCCAUCUUUACUUCAUCUUCACCCCCUAGAAUUGAUGUUCUCUUGACAGCUCACCUCCACCCACGCUCCCACUCACCUAUGUCUUUGCAACACGUGGACAGAGGUGGCUAGCGAAUGCACCUGAGCUGAGCUUUAUCAACCUGGUUUGGUGAAGAUUGGGACAUUUUGGAGAAUCUCAGUUUCACGUUUUUGGUCAGCACAGUUUGCUGACUUAGCAAAAAAAAAAAAAAAAGAAUCGGCGUUUGAAAAGGUGUGCGUUACCUUUUCAUUUUUUUUUAAAGGAAUCCAUUAGCUGCGUCGAGAGCCAAAGAUGUGGGAGUUUAGGUCAAUUAAUUUCUGGCGGGCAGUUUUUGCCGAGUUCUUUGGAACCAUGUUUUUCGUGUUUUUCGGCAUGGGUGCGGCCCUGCGCUGGACCACUGGGCCUCAUCAAGUCCUCCACGUGGCCUUAUGUUUUGGUCUGGCUGCCGCCACCCUCAUCCAGUCCAUCGGCCACAUCAGCGGCGGACACAUCAACCCCGCCGUCACCUUCGCCUACCUGGUGGGCGCCCAGCUGUCUCUUUUCCGUGCCAUUUUCUACAUUAUCGCCCAGUGUCUGGGUGCUGUCGCCGGGGCUGCUGUACUGUACGGUGUCACGCCGGCCAACAUGAGGGGCAACAUGGCUUUGAACACUCUGCAGCCUGGUAUCAGCCAGGGAAUGGCCACCACUGUGGAGAUCAUCCUCACCCUGCAGCUUGUGGUUUGCACCUUCGCGGUGACUGACGAGAGGAGAAACGGCCGCCUCGGCUCAGCCGCCCUUUCCAUCGGCUUCUCCGUCACUAUCGGCCAUCUCAUGGGGAUGUACUACACAGGUGCUGGCAUGAACCCUGCCAGGUCCUUUGCCCCAGCGGUUCUCUUCAGGAACUUCACCAACCACUGGGUGUACUGGGUCGGCCCCAUCAUAGGAGGUGCCAUCGGUGCUGUCCUUUACGACUUCAUCCUCUUCCCGCGGGUGAAGGGUCUGUCCGAGCGUCUGGCUGUGCUCAAGGGCAGUCGAUCCCAGGACAACGACAACCAGCAGGACCCCCGCGGGGAGCCCAUCGAGCUCAAGACUCAAGCUCUGUAAACCUGCCCGCUAUCACUGACUGGAGCUGAGGAACCAGCAACGCUGACCCCAACACCACACAUCAUUUAAGUGUAAACACCAACACAUAAUUAAACCUGACCUUAACUCUGUGUUCACAACUGGAGAUUGUGUUUGUGUUCUGCUAGCUGGCGCUGAGGAGGAUCAUCAAGAGACUUGAAAUGGGAAUUUUCGGGACGGGGGAACAGGAUGAGGGGGUGAUACGGAGGGUGAGAUCAGAGUGCAGGGACAGGGACGGGGUCAUGCUGCGGGGGGAGACCAGUGAAGAUGGGCAUGCUUUUCAUUAUUCAUCUGAAUUUAUCUCCAAUUUAGGUUAGUUCAUUUUGUUUUCUGCACUUCAGACUCCAGACGUGGAGGUAUGAUACUUUUAGAUUUGACCAGGCUUUCACUCUUUUCACAUCAUUACAUUUUAUCUGUGUGUUUGUGUGUGUGGACGCUGCCGCAGAAUGUGAGAGAGUGAGAGUCGGUGCAUGUCUGUGCGUGCAAGUGAGCGUGCAUACUGUAUGUGUGUGUUCAUGUGCCUGAAGAUCAAGACUGCAGAUACAGAACUUUUUAUUUUGUUUUAUUUUCAUAACCAAGCUCCUGUUUUGUACAAAAACGAUGUUCAAUGUGUUCAUUUUUAAGACAUGAUCACUUCUCUGACCUUCACCGUGGUAUUUGCUAUGAUUUUCAUUUUUACACAAACCACCUGCUUUAUUUUGUUCUGAGCCAGCUCACUCCCAAGGAAAUGUUGUACCCCAAACUUUGAUAAAAAAUAACGGUCUGUUCACCACAGAUCAGUCGUGCAAGCUUUACGUUGAGCACAAAGUGUUUCAAUUACAGUUCAAUGAUAAUAAACAUCAAGAAAAAAAACAA